UUUCCUAUCAUUUCAAUGCCCUAGCUUCUCUUACUCAACUAAAGAUGGUGCCACGUUUAACUUUCCCUGAAAUCGAAAACCUGCACAGUAGCAUGAUGGUAGUUGUACCAGCAAUAAUCUUAGGAGUUUGACGUUCAAACUUGUUUUCUUUUUCUCCAUCCGGCUAGAAAUACUAAACUGUAACUACAACUUUCUCCUUUUUUGAUGCAAUUAUUUUGAAUGGAUUUUUGAAUUCCUGAUAUUUUUAUCGAAGGUGUAGGAAUGAAACGGAGUAUUUCCGGAAAUUUGUUAUCAUGUUAGAUCAAAUAAUUCUUAGAAUUUAUUUUUAAUCUUUGAAACGAAAUGGCGGAAUGUUUAACUCUUGAGGAUAUCCUCACGCAACAAAAAAAGGAAAAGAAAGAAUUAUUAGCUAAAACACAGAAAAUGAAACAUGGUAUUCCUAAAGGGGAUAAGAAAAAGAAAAAAGAAGUAACUGCAGAAAUAGCACAGUUGAUUUCGGAUCUAGACAUUAGACAUGAUGAAGAACUUAAAGAAUUUCAGGCAAAAACUGCUUCAGGAAACCUGCCGGAAUUGCAUGAUGUUUGUGAGAAUCUGAAUCGUGCAUCAGUACAACAUGAAGAAAAUUCGGAGAACCUUUGUGAUAAUAGUUUUGAAGACUCAAGAUUUUUAGGUGCUUCACAGAAGUUGAGCAAAGCACAGAAACGAAGAAAUAAAAAAAGCCUAAAAGAAAAAGAAAGAGAAAAGGCUAUUGCUGAACAAGAGUUGGAAAAUUUAACUGGAAAUCGUUUUAUUGAAUCAAAAGAAAUAGCAAAGAAGCUGUCUGAAAGGCAGCUUAUUAUUCAUGAGGUUCCAUCCGAUGGUAACUGCUUAUAUGCUGCUAUUGAACAUCAGUUGUCUGCUCUAAAUCUGGAGAAACUGACUGUCGAAUCUUUGCGGGAACUGACAUCAAAAUAUUUACUUUCUCAUAAAGAAGAGUACCUUCCUUUUCUAACAGAUCCUGAUACUGGAGAUAUUCUAUCUGAUGAACAAUAUGUAAAAUACUGUGAAGAUAUACGAAAUACAACAGCUUGGGGAGGACAAAUUGAAAUUCAAGCAUUAUCAAAAAUAUGUGGUAAACCUAUCGAAGUAAUUCAGGCUGAAGGACCUAGUAUCAUUGCUGGAGACGAAACUAGCAGCCCAAAAUUAAUAAUAAGCUAUCACAGACAUGCUUACGGUUUGGGUGAACACUACAAUUCUGUUGUACCUUCUGGUUAGUGUUUGUAAAUGAUUGAAAUUAUAACUUAAUGUUGAAGUCUGGAUUAUUUUAUAAUUGUAUUUAUUAUAACAAUAAAAAUUUUAU